AUGUAUAAUAAAGAUGAUAGAGAUGAUAUAGAAGAUAGUGAAGAUAAUAACGAAUUUUUGAAUAAUUUCAAAGAUUAUUUCCAUUUUAUGUUCAAUAUACCAGAUGCUUCAAAGUUACCAAAACAAGAUUGA